GUCAUAUCUGCUUCAAUUUCAUUGAUCUACUUCCCUCUUUCAUUUGCUCAGUAAGAGAAAAAUGGGCAACACUUCCUGCUGUUGUUCUUGCUCUUCUUCUCAUGAAGAUUAUCAAAAUUUUAUCAGUAAGAUUGUUGUGGUAGAAGAAAUGAGUCACGUUGAUGAUUUGAUUUCUUACAUUGAUCAGCUCUUAAAUGCCAUUGAUGAGGGAAGACAAGUUCCCAAGAUGGCUCAGGUUUCUUUUAUCAAUUCUGGUGGUAGUUUACUGGAGAAGGUAUUGCAGCGAUCUAACGGGCAUAUAUGCAAGAGAGACAUUAUGCCAAAGCUCAAUCGUGAAACUCGCAAAUUUGCUAUUGAUGUAACAAAUCAAGCAGCACAUAUUCAGUGGCUGGGAAUAACGCUUUCUGUUGUAGGGUUUGUGUUAGAACGAAUUGAACAAGUUUCUUCUAACAGAAAGGAAUGUAUAGAGCUCCUGGGGUACAUGUGUAACCUCGCAAAAUACAUCAAGCAAUUGAAUGAGGAUUUGCCUCGAGAGAAGAUGAAUGGGGUCCUCGAAUUCAUUGUAAAUGGCUGCCUCAUGUGCAUAUCACAAAUGAAAUCUAAUGCGCUUUCCAAAUUUUUCGCUGCUCCAGUUGCGGCUGAAGAUUUGCGAAAAUUUCAGGCAGAACUUGGGCAUGAGUACCAAGAACUCUCAUUGGAAGCCAUAAUUGCUGUUUUGAACAGAAUUCCAGUUGUGUUACCUCCCUCACAAGGAAUAUCUCCUCAAGCAGUUGGUAUUGAGGAAGCCACAAAUCAUGUGAUUGGACUUCUAAAUAUGAAAGGGGGAUCAGUUGGAGCAGUGGUUAUUUAUGGACAAGGUGGGACAGGAAAGACAACUUUGGCCACUGCAGUUUUCAGCAAACCUCACAAACUACAAACAUUGCAGAAUUGUUAUGGAACAAAAUUGUUCAGAGGGAGAUCUUAAGUCAUUGCAGCAUCAAAUAUUAAGAGACCUUUUUGACCGUAACAUUGACUUGAGGAAUCUGAUUGAAGGUAAAGAAGAGUUGUCCAAGGAUUUAAAAAAUCCCUCCUCUCAACCUGUCUUUAUUUUCAUUGACAAUGCACUUAAACAAAACGACCUAGAAAAGCUUUUGCCUAUAAAUGAUCUGGGCUCCCUUCCAGCACAGAGUAGGAUUCUUUUAACGACCAGAAAUCAGAGUGAGGCUCAAAUAAU